UACCGUAGCGUUAUUGGUUAAACUACUUAUUAGUUUUUGCUUACUCAAAAACGGUUAGUUUCUGUUUCUAAAUUUAAAAUAUGAACUAGAGAAAUGUUGUAAAACGCAGGUGCAUGCCUCACAUAUGAUUAGUUAAAAACCGACCACGCUAGUAAAUAAACAUUAUACCACGAGGUAUUUGAAAUUUUUUAAAAAUAUUUUAAAAAAAGAAAAAUUAUGGAAAAUUUUAUUCGACCUGAUUUACCAUCAAAAUGCACCUGGCAUGUAGGCGCUAAAUAUGGAGACAGUCCACAUAUUCAAAGAACUUUAAAACCACGUCCAAAAAUUUUACCAAAUAUUCUACAUGCAAUUGGACAUACACCGCUGGUUAAAUUGAACAAAAUUCCACAAUCUUAUGGAAUCAAAUGCGACAUGUAUGCAAAAUGUGAAUUUUUAAAUCCCGGUGGAUCUGUAAAAGAUCGUAUUGGUUAUCGAAUGGUAGAAGAUUGUGAAGAAAAAGGUUUAAUUAAACCUGGUUCUACACUUAUUGAACCUACUUCAGGAAAUACAGGCAUUGGUAUUGCAGUAGCUUGUGCUGUUAAAGGAUACAGAUGUAUAAUUGUUAUGCCAGAGAAAAUGUCAAACGAGAAAGUUGUUGUGUUGAAAGCAUUAGGUGCAGAAAUAAUUCGUACACCUACACAUGCUGGUUUUGAGGAUCCUGAAGGAUUAAUUGCUGUAUCACAAAGAUUAAACAAAGAAAUACCAAAUUCGUAUAUUUUAGAUCAGUAUCGUAAUGCGGGAAAUCCUUUAGCUCAUUAUGAAACAACAUGUGCAGAAAUUUUAAAAGAUUUAGAUGGACACGUGGAUAUGAUAGUAGCUGGUACUGGAACUGGAGGUACCAUUUGUGGUAUUGGACGUAUGAUGGCUGAGAAAUGUCCAGAUUGUGUGGUAGUUGGUGCAGAUCCUGAAGGGUCUAUAUUAGCUGUGCCCGAAUCAUUGAAUGAAACUGAUACCACAUUUUAUGAAGUUGAAGGUAUCGGUUAUGAUUUUAUUCCAACAGUAUUAGAUCGUUCUGUAGUGCAUACAUGGAUUAAAACAAAUGAUGCCGAAUCAUUACCAUUAGCUAGGCGUUUAAUUAGGGAAGAAGGAUUUUUAUGCGGAGCAAGUAGUGGUUCAAAUUUGAGUGCAGCAUUAAAAGCCGCAAAGGAUUUAAAAGAAGGGCAAAAGUGUGUAGUGAUUUUACCAGAUAAUAUUCGAAAUUAUUUAACAAAAUUUGUGAAUGAUUCGUGGAUGGCUGCAAGAAAUUUUAUCGAUGAUAAAAAUGAUUCAAUUUGGUGGUGGAAUUUGAAAGCUUCCGUAUUAAAUAUAUCCAAACCAGUAACAAUUUCACCAAAUAUAACGUGUCAAGAAGCUAUUGACAUUAUGAAAACUAAUGGUUUCGAUCAAUUACCGGUAGUUGAUGAUCAAAAAAAUAUAAAAGGAGUAGUUACUCAAGUGAAUAUUAUGAGUAAAAUAGUAAAUACAAAUUUGAAACUAACUGAUCUAAUUAGCAAAGCAUUAAUUCAUCAAAAUGUUAAAGUUCAUUUAGAUACAAGUUUAGGUCGAAUAUCUAGAAUAUUAGAGAAGGAAACUUAUGUUUUACUAACAAAACAAUCAAAUGAAUUAAAUAAUGAAGAGCUGAUUGGUAUUAUCACUUCAAUUGACAUUUUAAAUUUUGUUUCAAAGGAAAAACAAUAAAUUUCCAUAUUAAAGAAUUUUAUUACAUGCAAGUAUUUAUGGAUUGUGAAUUUUUAACGUACUAUUACCAUAUUUUUGAUAUUUGGGUAUUUAAGUACUGAGAAAAUAUAGGGUGGACCAAAAUCCCUUUCCUAUUUAAAAAGUUACUAAUUAAGUUAAAAAUCCAGACGUCUUCAGCUUCAGCUUCAGAGAAAUCAGCUUUAUUUCGUGACGUUAUUAUUUCUUAUACUAUAAAUCGGAAGGGACGUUAAGCCAACCCUAUAAACCGGAUCAUAAUUUAUAUUUAUAUUUUCGAAUUUUCCAUGUUUUCAAUUUUACAGUUUAGGAAUUAAUCAUGACAUAAUUUGUUCAUAAGUGGUCAAACUGUUUUAUCUAAAUAAAAUUUUAAUGAAACUUGAA